CUUCCAAUGCCCGUGUCUUUAUAAAUAACUGCGGCAUUAAAAGAACUGAAUUGGGGCAUAAAGUUAAUGACAAGAGUGUCAUUUCGCUCAGUGCACACCAGCGCCUUUCAUUUAAAGUGAGAAGGAGACUGUUAACCAAAACGUUUGUUAUCAUUCUCACCACGUCGCCCAUGCUUAUAUCCCAGCCUCCUCUGGCAGCUAUUACAGAGGGCUACUUGUGUCUUAAACAUGUGACUAAGUGAGAGAGGGGCACACAGGGGGAGAGCUGAGGCGCCCAAUGCCUGUUAUGUUGCUGCUGGGCGCCUACCUACAGUUUCCCUACAGGAUCCGGCUCCUGCGCUCCGUGCGCUGUCUCCACACAGCCGAUGCGGAGUAGGCGGGUCAGGUAGAAAAAAGAAAAAGCAAAAGACGCUGGGGUGGAAUUCAUAACGGGAUAUUUAACCAUCAUCGUGGGGCGGCUGUCUGCGUCCCCCCCUCCCACCACACACCCCAGUAUCCGCAUUCCGUCGCAUCUGUCCGACGUUGGACCCCGCCGGUUUGUGGCUGAAACAAAUGCGCAAACGCGUCUUUUUAAUCUUCUAAUCGACAGCCCCUUUGCGCUCCUUGAGUCUCUCCUCCUCCUCCUCCUCCUCCUCCUCCUCCUCUUACUCGUCUGUCCUUCUUGACUACAUCUCCUGCUGGAUGAUUUCAUUUUGUAAAGUCAUUAUCCCCAGAAAGGUCAAAGCCUCUGCUUCCAGGAUCGUUGAAUUACACUGGGAUAAAGCGACUUUUCACCCCCUCAGCGAAAGUUUCUCACUGGUGUAGAACCGUGCGACGGAUUGGUCUGGAGCAGCGAUCUUCACCGGCCACUUUUGCCUCUUUCCCGGAUCCCUGAGUGUGUACUGUGUGUGAAUUUUAUUUUUUUUAUUUUUUGGAGCGCUGUUGUUUUUCCCGGAGUUGCUAUUGAAUCCCGACAAACUGUGAAAUGAGUUUCUCUACUGAGUCACCGAGAUUCAGCGAGGGAGAAUGGGAAAUACUGAGUUAAACUUUAUCUUCUGUUCCAAACCGCGGUGUUCCGGGGGCGUUGAGGUGAUGCAGGUCCCCCGGUCAUCCAAGUGGAGGAGCCAGCUAAUGAUGAGUGGCUUUGGCUGCUGCUGAACAUCCCCCCCCACCUCCACCAUCACCACCACCCUCAUCCCUCCCUCGCUCCCUCCAUCUCUGAUGGCUCUAUGGGGCGUCAUCAGCCUCAGCCUUCACUGCUGGGUGUGUUUACGGUUUGCGGUAAUAGUAGCAGCAGCAGGAACAGCCAGCCUCCCCAAUGACAAGCCCGGAGGCCCCCUGGACUGGCUGCUCUCGGAUAAAGGGCCCUUCCACCACUCUCCCGAGUACAUCGACUUUGUGGAGAAGAACCGGCAAGGCUUCUCCACCAGAUAUAAAAUAUACAGGGAGUUUGGGAGAUGGAAGGUGAACAACUUGGCAGUGGAAAGGAGAGAUUUCUUGGAGUCUCCGUUACCUCUGACCCCUGAGUUCGUCAGGAACAUUCGACUCCUGGGCCGCCGGCCCACCACCCAGAUGAUCACUGAUAAUCUGAUCAGGAAGUAUGGUACUCACUUCCUGUUGUCAGCUACACUGGGAGGAGAAGAGGCCUUAACGAUAUUUGUGGACAAGAGGAAACUGAGUAAGAAAGCGGAGGUGAGCGAUUACUCAGGUAACUCCUCCACUGUGACUCUGGAAGCUCUGCACCAGCUGGCUGCCUCCUACUUCAUCGACAGGGAGAGCACUCUGCGCAAGCUGCACCACAUCCAGAUCGCCUCCACUGCCAUCAAGGUGACAGAGACCCGCACAGGUCCUCUCGGAUGCAGUAACUAUGACAACCUUGACUCUGUUAGCUCGGUGCUGGUUCAGAGCCCUGAAAAUAAAGUCCAGCUGCAAGGCUUGCAGGUGAUCCUCCCAGACUACUUGAGAGAAAGUUUUGUACAGGCUGCGCUCAGCUACAUCGCCUGUAAUGGAGAGGGUGAAUUUGGCUGCAAGGACAAUGACUGCUGGUGCAACUGUGACCUCAAGUUCCCAGAGUGCAACUGUCCUUACAUGGACAUCCAAGCCAUGGAGGAGAGCCUGGAGAGGAUCACGGAGACGUGGGGCAUCCUCUAUAAGGAGUUUGAGGAAUCAGAUGAAUUCAAGGCGUUCUAUGCGAGGCUGCCCCAGAACUAUUUCCUGAAUGUGUCAACCAUCCAGCACUUGUGGUCGAUGGACAACUUGUUCCAGUGGAGAUACGAGCAGCUGGAGAACAGCAUGCGGGUCCUCUCCAAGCGAGCCGAGAGAGUCAUUUUCAAGCUCUUCAGUCUCAGUAAGAGAUGUCACCGACAGCCACAAGUCCGCCUACCAAGAGAACGGCCUCAGUCCUACUGGCUCAGUCAUUUCCAGUCUCUCCUGUAUUGCUCAGAGAACAACCAACUUGGUGCAUUCUCCGAGGAGCUCCACAGCUGCAGCUGUCGAUACGAACACAGCCCCUGUCAGCUGCCUCCGCCCUGCUCCGUCGGGGAAGGCUUGGCUUGCGCUGCAUGUGCGCCAGACAACCACACCCGCUGUGGGAGCUGCAACCCGGGGUUUAGCCUGACGCAGGGGGCCUGCAGGCCCAUGGUGGCAGACUCUACAGAAAACUACCUGGGAUUUGAGACGGACCUCCAGGAUUUGGAGCUGGGCUACCUACUGCAGAGAGCUGACCGCAGGCUAGAGGUCCACGCAAUCUUCAUCAGCAAUGACAUGCGACUCAACAGUUGGUUUGACCCGUCAUGGAGAAAAAGGAUGCUGCUGACGCUGAAGAGCAACAAGUACAAGUCUAACAUGGUCCACAUGCUGCUGGGAAUAUCCCUCCAGAUCUGCCUUACAAAGAACAGCACCCUGGAGCCUGUCCUUACUCUCUACAUCAACCCAUUUGGAGGAAGUCACUCAGAGAGUUGGUACAUCCCUGUCAAUGAGAACAGUUUUCCAGACUGGCAGGCCACCAAGCUGGAUCUACCCUUCGAGUGCUAUAACUGGACUCUGACGCUGGGCAACAAGUGGAAGACGUUCUUUGAAACCAUUCACAUCUAUCUUCGGAGCAGGAUAAAGACUCAAGAUGGAGUGAAUGACAGUGUUUAUUAUGAGCCUUUAGAAAUCACUGAUCCUGCUCGGAACCUGGGCUACAUGAAGAUCAACAGCAUCCAGGUCUUUGGUUACAGCAUGCACUUUGACCCAGAGGCGAUCCGUGACUUGAUUCUGCAGCUGGACUACCCGUACACCCAAGGUUCCCAAGACACGGCCAUGCUUCAACUCUUGGAAAUACGAGACCGGGUAAACCGGUUGUCCCCACCGGGUCAACAGAGGUUGGACCUGUUUGCCUGUCUUCUGCGGCACCGGCUGAAACUGACUGCCAGUGAGGUGGUUCGCAUUCAUGCCUCCUUACAGGCCUUCAGCUCACGUCUGCCCAAUGCGAUGGAUUACGAGACCACCAAGCUGUGCAGUUAACAGCUGCUUGAUGGGAAAUCUGGACUGCAAAUGGCCUCCAGGAGAUCUUCUGGACAUAUGAAUUGUGUCCAUUGCGGGGCAGCUGCUUACAGUCUCUAUGGAUUACCAAACUGUACGGUAAAUAAGGAGAGAAAUCAGAAAGAAUGUACUCAUCUGGUUGUUUUGGUUUCUGUUUUGUGGCAACUACCUUCAGUGCUAUAUCAUAAAGAAUGAGGUGGAUCAGCGAGAAAAUGCACAAGAACAAACGAAAAAGUAGAAAUUCAGAUACCACUAUAUAAAAAUUGAACCAUCCUGUUUCAAUAUGACUGCUCAUUUAUACUGUACUGUAAGUACCAAUGCCAGACGAAUGGACAUUUUAUGGUUAAAAAAAAAUGGUACAGUCUGUUUGUUUGUAAUUUUUAUAUGUUCCUUUUGCUUCAGUGACAGUGCACUUUCCAUGAAGACCAGAAUACAGUGGUGUCAGUCCAGAUUUUGUAGAUAAAUUGAUAUUAAAAGAUCAUGUUAUAACAGA